AUGACGACGGCAUUCGAGCGCGAGAUCCAUACAUUUCACUCAGGUCGGCCACAACCUGAAACCUCGACGGAAUUCACAUUUGAUACCGUCGACCCCAGCACUGCAAGACAUUUGGCUACCAUCCAUACCACCACGUCCCAGCAACUUGAUGACGCUAUUGCAUCUGCUCAAGCCGCCUUUCCAUCAUGGUCGCAGACCCCGGCAUUGGAUCGAGCUGCUAUCUUGUUGCGAGCCGCAGCAAUUCUCAGAGAGCGGAAUGACGAAUUAGCGCUUACUGAGACUAUGGAUACUGGGAAGGCCUGGUCGGAGACGUCCACGGUUGACGUUCAGACCGGCGCUGAUGUUCUUGAGUACUAUGCCCAUCUUGUUUCAGGUGGUCUCCCAGGACAACACGCAUCCUUGGGACCCGAUGGAUACUUCUCGACGAGCCAUGAGCCUAUCGGCGUCUGUGCUGGAAUCGGCGCCUGGAAUUAUCCUCUUCAGAUCGCUCUCUGGAAGUCAGCUCCCUGUCUAGCUGCGGGGAGUUGCAUGGUAUAUAAGCCAAGUGAAGUCACCCCUCUCCAUGCAAACAUCCUCGCUCAGAUCUAUAUGGAAGCUGGACUACCACCAGGAGUGUUUAAUGUUGUUUACGGCGAUGGGCCCAGCGUGGGGGCCCCAUUGGUUGCUCAUGAAGGCAUCGCCAAAGUGAGCUUUACUGGCCAGGUCAGCACCGGCAGUAAGGUUGCUAGCGAGGCGGCAAAGAGGCUAAGGGGGAUUACAAUGGAACUUGGCGGGAAAAGCCCCCUCCUAGUACUUCCGGAUGCCGAUAUCGAGGAGGCAGCUGAUAUUGCGAUGAUGGCCAACUUCUUUUCCACCGGCCAGGUUUGUACAAAUGGAACCCGGGUCUUCGUGCCUGACACGCUUCUUAGCCAGUUGGAAGAGGCCUUGAUCAAGCGAUGUCGGGAGGGGAUCCGUAUGGGACUUCCAACGGACCUGAAAACCAAUUUUGGCCCGGUCGUUAGCGAUGUCCAUCGAGAAAAGGUGAAUAUGUAUAUCAAGCAUGGGCGGGAGAAUGAUAGAGCGAGAGUGUUGUAUGAUGGUGGCAUCGAUGGCCAGAAAGACUUUCCCUCGGAAGAAGGCUUCUGGGUGCCUCCUGUCAUUUUUACCGACUGCACAGACGACAUGCGCAUUGUCCAAGAGGAGAUCUUUGGCCCGGUUAUGAGCAUUCUGCCAUAUGAAACCCAACAUCAGGCGGAAGAGGAUUGGCUACGUGAUCUGAUACGACGGGCAAACAACACUCCCAUGGGUCUUGCUGCAGGUGUCGCUUCGUCUGAUAUGGGACUUGCUCAACGGGUUGUUCAGCGACUGGAUGCAGGUAUAUGCUGGAUCAACACGUGGGGUGAAAGCCCCGCAGCGAUGCCUGUAGGUGGCUGGAAGAUGAGCGGCAUGGGAGUGGAAAAUGGGCUGCAAGGCAUUCAAGCAUACCUAAGGGUUAAGAGCACGCUGGUACGAUGUGGUAAGGGUGCUUGCGGGGGCAUUUUCACUAAAUCCUGA